UUCCGUCUCUAAACAUAUAAAAGAAUAAGUAAACAAGUUAUCAGAGACUACACGAAAAUGCCACAGAAGCUUCUUGUUGGCACUAACGCGGACUCUGUUACAAUGUCAACCCUAUGUGUAUUUAAUUAACUUCCUCCUUUGAUUCUCAAAUUUCUAACUAUACUGCUUCACAUCACAUUUUCUCUUGUAUAUAUAUAUAUACACUGAAAGUUGAAAGCCUGAGAUAAACACACAUAGUUAUUAUCUGUGUUUGCAAAUAAGCAAAGUUGAAGAUGGGGAAUUACAUUUCAUGCACUCUAUCAACAGCAGGGAGCAAGCAUUGGAGAGGAAUAAAGGUGAUAUUUCCAAGUGGGGAGAUUGAGGAGUUUGAAGAAGGAGUUAAAGCAGCAGAACUCAUGCUUGAGAUGCCAAGCUUCUUUGUGGUGAACACUCGGUCUCUACAGAUUGGAAGAAGGUUUUGUGCUCUGAACGCAGAUGAGGAGCUUGAAUCUGGCAAUGUUUAUGUGAUGCAUCCCAUGAAGAGGCUUAAUUCUGUGGUCAGACCAUCUGACAUGGGUGCCUUGUUACUCACUGCCAAAAGGGUCACUGCAAAAGUGAGAGUUGUUCCUGAGAAACAAGUGGAGGAGCCAAAGUUCAACUUUGAGGACAUUGAAGAGUUUUCUAGCCCCGAGUUCGUGCACAGGUUGUCCAUCACCAGGUCAAAGAAACCUUUGCUUGAGACCAUAGCAGAGGAACCGGUGUGUGCCAGAUCAUGAUCAGAAGGCCUCAUGUGGAGAAUACUUCUCUGCAGGACCAAGUCCAGAUUGUGGCUUUCUUUUGAUUAUGGGACAUCAAUUACUUUUAGGGUUUUUCAUUGUGAUUGGAAUUGUAUGUACUAUACUAAAACUAAUUCAAGACAUUAGACACGGAGUAUUGUUAGGCCAUUCUUACAUUCAAUUGUUAGAUUUCAUUGCAAUAAUCUUCAAUUCUGUUGUUGGAUUUUAGUUAGAAUUGAAAGCGAAAUUUAAUGAUUUAAUGAUAUUUGUUAGAUAUAUUAUGUUUUUUUUUAAUAUGGAAAAAAUGUUCUUAUGCUAAUUAUGUUAUUUUUUUUACAUAAUUAACAGAAGAAUAUUGAAUCUCUUAUUGAGAUUGUUUCUUUAUUCUUUUUCUAGAUUUGAUCUCAUUGUUAUGAUCAAACCUUUUGUGUUUUAAGAUCUUUCUCUUUCUUUUUUCAUGACUUUUUUUGUAUUUUUUCCAUUUUCAACAUCUUUUUUGUUAUCAUUGUGUAUGACCCAUGAAUCUUUACUAACUAUGCACUCGUUUAAUAAUAAGUUAGAUGACAUUACUUUUGUAGUCAUUACAUUAAGUCAAUUUCUCAAUUUGUUAUCCAAAGAUCAUUUGAAUACAAUAAUAUGUAUAUUAAAUUACAUUAAACGAUUUUUUAAAAAAUAGUUGUUAUAUGAUUUUAAUAACUAUUUUUCAUUGAUGGUAACUUUCUCU